AUUAUAGAAGGAAACUCUUAUAGUUUAUGGUAAUUGUUAAUGAGAACAUCUUUUAGAAAAUAUUUUAUUUCUAAUUAAUUAAGUAAGUAAUUGUUAAUGAGAACAUCUUUUAGAAAAUAUUUUAUUUCUAAUUAAUUAAGUAAGUAAUUGUUAAUGAGAACAUCUUUUAGAAAAUAUUUUAUUUCUAAUUAAUUAAAUCAAUAUGAAAAUGUACAAGAAGUAACAUAGUAUUAUAUGCAUCAACGUGAGUAAGAAGAUUAUUCAGCAAUUUAUAUCAGCGAAUCAACAAAAUUUCAAUAUCACAUCAAGAUAUGACGGAGAUCGUUCUUUCUACAAAUAAUUAAAAUGCACAAUUUACGAUAUAUGAAUAAGCAGAUAAUCAAGAAUGAUCGAUAACGCUUGAAAAAAAGAAAUACCUUCAAUAAUAAUUAAACAUAUAUCUCUAUUUAAGCAUUUAAUAUUUUAAUUUAUUUUAAUUAAUUGUAAUUUAAAGCAAGUUUUUCUAAGCGAAACACCUCUUUGGAAGAUUGUUUUUAUUGCACAAUUGAAAUUAUCAUAAUUUAAACACGAAGUAUGCUCGAUGCAAUGCGAUCUUUCUGUAGAAGUUCGUUUCCAAGAAACGAACUUUGAACCAUCGUGUCAUUCUCUCUCGACAAUGCAGAGAAAAGACGUUAUCAUCGUCUCGAGUACGUGAAAAAAAGAGUGUCGUUGAAAGAGGAUCAAGCUCACACGAACAACCUAACCUCAAAAUCACUCGAAACGAUCAUCAUGCUAAUUUUCGUGAUAUUGCUGAUUGUUCUCGCGAUUCUAGGCUCGUACCAUCUUCUGAAAUCGCAAAAUCCCUUCAAGGAGCACGGUUUACCUUACAAAAGUUAUCUUCCAAUUCUCGGUAGUACGUGGGAAUCGAUAUUGAGGCGAAAACCAUUCGCUGUCGUGAUUCAAGAGAUUUACAAUCUAGCUCCAUCCGCGAGGUACGUGGGAUUCUAUAACAGAAUGACACCAAUCGUGAUGAUCCGCGACCCUGAAUUGAUCAAGACGAUCGCCGUGAAGAGUUUCGACGUUUUCAGGAACCACAGAACCGUGAACGGAACACUGACAGACGACGUCUUGCUCUCUGCUAAUUUGCUGUUGCUGCGCGACAACAGAUGGAGAGAGGUUAGAUCUCUGAACACUCCAGCCUUCAGCACCAGCAAGAUAAGAUCCAUGCACCGUUCGAUGUCCGAGAUCGCCGUAAACGUUGCGAGAUAUCUGUCGACUCUUCCGCCGGGGCAAAACGUAGUGGAGAUGAAAGACGUGUUCACCAGAUACGCGAACGACGUAUUCGCCACUUGCGCAUUCGGCAUCACCGUCGACUCUUUGUCGGAUCGGGAGAAUAAAUUCUACGAGCUGGGAAGGGAGGCUCUGGACAUUCACAGCACUCCGAUCCUAAAAUUGAUCCUAAUUUUCGCGUUUCCAAAAUUGGCCAGAAGAUUGGGCGUGAGUCUGGUGAGCAAGGAGGCGACCAAUUUCUUCACCCGGGUGGUCUCUGAAAAUAUUAAGACGAGGGAAGAGGAGGGUAUAACGAGGCCGGAUUUCAUUCAAGUAGUGAUCGACAGUAACAGGUCGAAAGGUCGAAAUGAGUUGACCGUCGAGGACAUCACCGCUCAAGCUUUCGUGUUCUUCUUUGGUGGAUUCGAGACAACUUCCGGUUUAUUAUCGUUCGCCGCCCACGAAUUGGCGGCGAAUCCAGAGAUUCAGGGCAAAGUUCACGCCGAGAUAGAUCGCGUUCUAGUUUCCAAUGACGAGAUCACGUUCGAACGAGUGAACGGUCUGGUGUAUCUCGACGCUGUGAUCAACGAGACACUGAGAAUGUAUCCAAUUAUACCCAUCACGGACCGAGAGUGUUCGAAACGGUUCGAAUUACCGCCCGUACUGCCGGAUACGAAGCCUUACGUGUUGAAAGAGGGCUCUCAUGUUUGGUUCCCCAUCUACGCGAUCCAACGUGAUCCGAGGUAUUUCGAGAAACCCGAUUGCUUCGAUCCGGAUCGAUUUUUGGAUAAGAAGAGCGAUGUUUUCAACAAUGACGCGUACAUGCCUUUUGGCGCGGGUCCAAGAAAUUGCAUCGGCAAUAGAUUUUCGAUGGUGGAAACCAAAGUCGCGCUGUUUCAUAUUCUUGCGAGAUGUCGGUUAGAAGUCUGUCCGAAAACGACUAUACCUAUGGAGUUGAGGAAGAGAGGAGUGUUUCUCACGGCGAAAAAUGGAUUUUGGUUGAGAGUCGUGCCCAGGCAUUCAGCUAUGACGAUGCUCGAUUCGUGGUCGAUAACCGCGGCGAUAGUCGCCGUCCUCGUGAUAGCCUAUUACCAAUUGAUCUGGAAGUACAAAUAUUUCGAGAGAAUCGGCAUUCCUUAUUACAGCUCGAUGCCACUGUUGGGAAGUUUUUGGGAGGCGGUGAUCCAACGGGACAAUUUCGCCGACAUAUCGAGGAAGAUCUACAACUCGUAUCCGGACGUGAAGUACCUGGGUAUGUACGACACAACCACCCCCGUGCUCAUGAUCCGGGACACGGAACUGAUCAAGGCGAUCUCCGUCAAGCAUUUCGAACAGUUCCCGGAUCACAGAUCGUUCCAGAACGAGGCGACCGAUCCCCUGUUCGCCAAGAACUUGUUCGCCCUUCGCGGGGACAGGUGGAGAGAGAUACGAAACCUGUUGAGCCCCGCGUUCACCUCGAGCAAGAUGAAGUCUAUGUUCAUACUGAUGCGCGAUUGCGCGAAGGAAUACGGUGAUUAUUUCGCCUCUUUGACCGGGGACGAGAGCACCAUCGAGUUGAAAGACACGUUCACCAGAUACACGAACGACGUGAUAGCCACUUGCGCGUUCGGCGUCGAGGUGAACUCGAUGAAGGACAGGAAGAACAAGUUCUACGUGUACGGGAGGGAGGGGACCACUUUCGGAUCGUGGGCGUCCAUCAAGUUCUUCAUAACGAGGGUGUUGCCCGUAAGCGUGUGCACCCUGCUCAGGGUCAGGUUGAUCAGGAAAGAGAUCUCGGAUUUCUUCAUCGAUCUGGUGAGCGAGACGAUCAAGACGAGGGAGGAGAAGGGGAUAGUGAGGCCGGACAUGAUCCAGCUGAUGAUGGAAUCGAAGGGAAAAUUGGGCUCGGGAAGGGAGAUGAGCAUGAUAGACAUAUGCGCCCAGGCGUUCGUCUUCUUCUUCGGCGGUUUCGAGAGCACCUCCACGUUGAUGUGCUUCGCCGCUUACGAGAUUGCCGUGAACGACGACAUCCAGAGGAGAUUGCAGAACGAGAUCGACCAAGUUUUGGAGGAUCGGGAUGGCGAGGUGACGUACGGGGCUAUUAACGAGAUGAAGUUCCUCGACGCGAUCAUUUACGAGGCUCUUAGAAUGUAUCCGGUCGUGGUGGCCACCGACAGGAUUUGCACGAAACCGUUCGAAUUGCCGCCCAACAGGCCGGGCGAGAAACCUCACCUCCUCAAAGAGGGUGACAACGUGUGGUUCCCGAUCUACGGGAUUCAACGCGAUCCCCAAUUUUACCCGGAACCGGACAAGUUCGACCCGGACAGGUUCUUGAACGACACGAAACAGAUGAUCAAUUCUGGCCUGUUCCUCACGUUCGGGAUGGGACCCAGGAUGUGCAUAGGGAAUAGAUUCGCGAUGUUAGAGACGAAGGUUUUGCUGUUCCACCUGUUCGCGAGAUGCAACCUCGUUCCCUGCUCCAAAACCACCAUACCGAUGAAACUGAACAAGAAAGGAUUCGCGAUGACCGCCGAGAAUGGAUUCUGGUUCAAGAUCGAGCCGAGAACCGCGAAGAAGGAUGGGGCUGAGAAAAUUGCGGUUCCGGGGACGACGAUGCUUAUCGAUAAAAUCCCUGAUAGAUAUCCUGAUAAUUGAGAUCCGGAAUCAUUUCGCACGUUGCACAAGAAUGCGGAUUCAUUGGUGAUUAUUUUGAGACGUCCAUCCAGGAAGUCGAUAGUUUAAAAGUUUUUCUCCUUAGAAUUACAGAUGAAUUUUGAGAUUGUCUAUUCUAGAGAUAUACAGAGAUAAUGAAUAAUUUUCGAUCAAUAAAUAAUUAAUUUGCAAUUAAUUUUGAGAAAAGAGUUUGGCGAGCAUUGGAAAAAUAUUGGAAAUAAAGUAAUAAAUAAAAAUGUUUAUAAAUUCCGUGAAAAUUUUUGCUACCAACUGUACUUGGACUGCUAUACAUCGGUCAAUUCUGUGAAAUGACAUCAUACUGUAGAAUUUUAAAAUAGCUUCACUCCAGAUCCGAUCAAUUUCUUUACCACGAAUCAUUCUCUUACAUCGAUAGAUUAUGUAAAACGAAGAAACUGCGCAGAACGAAUGAAAAUCAAACGGAGGAAGUCGUUUUUAAUCGGUUAAUUUACAUAGAAAAAAAAAAUAAAGACAGGUAAAUUAAUUGUUUAACUGUUUGUUAUUAAUCGAAUUUUUCGGAUAUGAUCGGAAACGUUUGAGAGAAAUCGGUAUUUGGAAAUUUUCGGCACGCUUAGGAAGAAUUCGAGAUCGUUCAAAAUUAUCUCACGUAUAACCAGAGGAUAUGGAAACUUUUUGCCCGAAUUCUUCCGAUUUUAAAGUCGGAUUGCUAAUUUUCCACGCAAUGUUUAUCGUUACAGUAUCGUAUUGACGAUUUGGCGUAAAAUUAAAUUUAAUUUGAUUUUUUUUUCAAAUCUCGGUUAUUUAAAUAAUAAAUUUAAUUACUGUUCUCACAAUGCUUAUUUUUAGUAUUGCCACGGUACGUCAUGUUGACGAUUGAUGUAAUAUUAAAAUUGUUCGAAUCUGGGAUUCAAGAACGAUUACGUAGAUUUUAUAAUAUUAUUUUCUCAUAAUGCCGCUAGCAUUGUUCUAAUGUGUCACGUUGACCGUUAAUGUACAAUCAAAUUUGAUUGCUUUAUAUAUUUUAUGUUGUAUUAUAUGAAUUUUAUCUAUUAUUGUUUAAUUAUGAAUAAAAAAUUAAUAAGACGGCGA